CUGUCAAGGACAAGCUACCGCCCGUUCCACGGCUCCUGGUGUGUGUACUCCAUAGAGACACACACACACACACACACCCUCCAUCUCGUCCAAACAAGCUUCCGCUUGCAUCCAGCGCAAUAUCUACAUAGUAGCCUUUUCGUAUCGCCCGAUGCUCCGCCAGGGGUUGGCCCGCUUCGCCCACGACUGACUCCAUUAGGCAGGUCAUUAUCUCGGCCCACUGGUCGCCGAUAUGGCAACCGAUCAUGGAGUCCAUCGACGAGGCCCUAAAUGUGCGACGCAUCUAAAUACUACCCGACGCGCUCUCCCUCGUUGUGUUCGAUUCUGGUUUCCUCAGCCCAUAAGCUCUACGACCAGAGACUCCCCCCUUUGAGUUCCAUUCUUUUGAGAACUCAGGGUGCAACCCGAACGCAACACCAACCCGGUAACCAGUACCUGAAAGAUUGCCAACCAUGGCCUUCAGCAAGUGGAGGGGCAAGGUCGGAGAGCGGCCAAUCGUGGUCGACGCCGUCUCGACCGGCGUCGAUGCCAACGGUCUCGAGACCGUCAACCCGGACGCCGAACUCAAGAAGUUCAAGAAGAUUCACAAGUGGGAUCCCUUUUUGGACAUUGACAAGCUCGAUGCCGCCGACGCCGCCGUCCAGUCUGGCGACUACGAGAAGGAGGCUGCCGUUGAGGCUGCUCUUCACGAGGACUCUCCCUACCCCGAGGUCCGCGCUUCGGUUCAACCUUUUGACGACACCGAGUUGCCGAUCAACACUAUCCGUGCCUGGUCGAUUGGUGCCAUCAUGUGCACAAUUAUCGCCGCCUGCAACAUUCUCCUCGGUCUCCGUCGCUCACCCAUCAUCAUCACCUCCACCGUGGUGCAAUUGAUCUCCUACCCUCUUGGUUGCUUCUGCGCCAAGGUUAUCCCGGAGAUCAAGUUCAACCUCUUCGGUCACGAGCUCAACACCAACCCCGGUCCCUUCAACGUCAAGGAGCACACCAUCAUCACCAUGAUGACCGCUGCCGGUGCCACCGCCAGUUACGCCAUUGAUAUUCUCCUCGCCCAGGAGAUCUUCUACAAGCAAUACUUUGGCUGGGGCUUCCAGGUUCUGCUCAUUAUCUCGACCCAGGCCAUGGGUCUUGGUAUUGCCGGUAUCCUGCGUCGCUACCUGGUCUGGCCCGCCGCCAUGGUCUGGCCCGCGACCCUCAUCACUACCACCGUCAUGCACUCACUUCACGACCACUCGUCUUCAGAUCCCGCCCUCACCAACGGCUGGAGGAUCGGUCGCUACAAGUUCUUCCUCAUUGUGGCUGCCGCUACCUUUGUCUAUGAGUGGAUUCCCGAGGUGUUUGCUCAGUUCCUGCAGAUCUUCACGUUUGUCUGCUGGAUCGCCCCCAACAACGUUGUCGUCAACCAGGUCUUUGGCGGUCAGACUGGUCUCGGUCUUAUCCCUAUUUCCUUUGACUGGAGUACCAUUUCCGGUUUCUUGCUCUCUCCCCUGCAGACCCCGGCUUUCGCCAUCGCCAACGUCGGUGCUGGUAUCAUCAUCAUGAUGCUUGGCUGCAUCGGUCUUGCCUGGGGCGGCCCCGAUUUCUACCGCUACCUUCCCAUCAGCGCCAACUCCAACUUCGACCACUUCGCUCAGCCCUACAACACGAGCCGUAUCUUGACUCCCGACUUCACUUUCAACGAGACUGCAUACAAGGAGUACUCUCCUCUCAUCUUGGGUCCCGCCUUCUCCUUGUCUUACGGCAUGGGUUUCGCUGGCCUCAUCAGCACCCUCGUUCACGUUGGUCUCUUCUACGGCCGUGACAUCAUUGACCGCACCAAGUCUGCUUCCAACGAAGAGGCCGAUAUUCAUCUCAAGCUUAUGCGCCGCUACAAGGAGGCUCCUGAGUGGUGGUUCGCGACCAUGUUCGCUGUCAGCUUUGCCUUUGGUAUGAUUGCUUCCCAGGUCUGGAACACUCACUUGACCUGGUGGGCCUACAUCAUCUGCAUCAUUAUCGGUGCCUUCUUCAUCCUUCCCGUCGGUAUCAUUCAGGCCGUCACCAACCAGCAGACCGGUCUCAACGUUAUCACUGAGAUGAUUGUCGGUUACAUGACGCCCGGCCGCCCCGUCGCCAUGAUGCUGUUCAAGUCUUGGGGUUACAUGCUCUGCUACAACGGUCUCCAGUACGUGUCUGACAUGAAGGUCGGUCACUACAUGAAGAUUCCUCCCCGCACCAUGUUCGCCGCCCAGACCUUCGCCGUCGUCUGGUUGUCCCUCGUCCAGAUUGCCUCUUACAACUUCCUCCGUGGUAACAUUGAUGGCGUCUGCACUUCUCAUCAGGCCCAGGGUCUCACCUGCCCCAAUGCCCGUACUUUCUACAACGCAAGUGUUAUUUGGGGUGUCAUCGGUCCCCGCCGCAUGUUCGGUGCCGGCCAGCUUUACUCUUGGGUCAACUACUUCUGGCUCAUCGGUGCCAUCUGCCCCGUCAUCCAGUUCUUCCUUGCCCGCCGCUACCCUCGCAGCAUGCUCCGCUACGUCUUCUUCCCCGCUAUCUUCGGUGCUGCUGGUAUGAUCCCUCCUGCCACCACCUGGUGGUUGGGACAGUGGGUUAUUGUUGGUCUCAUCUUCAACUGGUGGGUUCGCAACCGCUUCUUCGGCUGGUGGACUCGUUACAACUACGUCCUCUCUGGAGCCCUCGACAUCGGCACCGCUCUUUGCAUCGUCAUCUCUGGACUUGCUCUGGGUCUUUCUAACACUGAAUUCCCUUCAUGGUGGGGAAACGAAAUUAUGAACAACAACCUUGACGCCGAAGGUGCUGCCGUUACGAAGAUUUUGCCCGACGAUGGUUCUACUAUCGGACCUACACACUGGUAAUUUAUCAGAGCGCGGCGGGUGAAAGGAUCAUGUUGCAUACAUACAUUACGAGAGCGAUGUCGUUUGUUGCUACAGCGACACUUUUGAGCCUAAUUUAAUAUACAUUGUUACCCAUGAUGAUGCAUUCGAUAGACUC